CGGGCCGUCGGGUUUGGGCGGCGUCCGCUGAGAACCGUCGUCGCCGCGCAGGUAUUUCAAUUUCACCACCGUCUCGGAGAGCGAGAGAGAGAGAGAGAGAGAGCGCAUGGAAAGCCAAGAGCUCAUGGAAGAAGGAAUGGCCAAAGACGAGAUGGAGGUGGAGGUGGUGGUGGAGGAGGAAGGAGAAGGACCGCCUCCUCCUGGAGGAUGGGAGUCCGGACCUCCUCCGCCAUUGCCGACAUCACCACCUCACUCCGCCAGAAUCGAGACCAGCGCGGCCAUGGAAGUAGUAGCAGUGGAAGAAGAGCAGAAGGAACGACCAAGUGAAGCCGAAGGGAGAGAGCAAGAAGCAGCAGACGGUCCACCACCUCCUGGUUGGGGAGCCGCUGCGUGUCCCUCGACCGGACCGCGAAGCGAGGGGACGGAAAGCGAACCGGUCGGGUUCGUGGAAGAAGAGAGGGCGCCGGCGGCGGCGGGAGAGAAAACGGAGGAGGAGGUGGAGGAGGUAGAGGUGGAGGAAGAGGACGGCCCGCCUCCUGGUUGGGAAGCCAGUGCUCGUCCCUCGGUCGAACCGGGGAGCGAGGGGAUCGAAAGCGAAGCAGUCGUGGAAGGAGGAGGAAGGGCGGCGACGGAAGAGAAGGCGAAGGAGGAGGUGGAAGGUCCACCUCCUGGUUGGGGAAUCGAUCCUCAUUGUCCGAUCGAGCCGCCAAGUGGGAGAACAGUGAAGAGCGAGGAAAUCGAGGGAGCGGAGGCGGACGGUCCGCCUCCUGGUUGGGGGGGAAUCGAUCCUCAUUGUUCGGUCGAGCCGCAGAGUGUCGGAAUCGAGAGCGAAGAAGCCGCACAAGAAGAUGCGAUCGGCGAGAAGGAGGCCAAGAGAGAAGAAGUGGAGGAGGACGGUCCGCCUCCGGGUUGGGGAAUCGAUCCUCGUUCUUCGAUGGAGCCGCAAAGUGAGAGAAUCGAGAGCGAAGAAGCCGCGGAAGAGGAUGGGAUAGGAGAGAAGGCGAAGGAAGGAGAAAUGGAGGAGGACGGUCCGCCUCCCGGUUGGGGGAACGCUCCUCAUCGCUCGAUCGAACCGAGGAGCAACGAGGGAAUCGAAGGCGAACGGGCUGUGGAAGAAGAGAGAGAGAAGGACGACGGCGCGCCUCCUGGUUGGGAACCGGUGCCGCUGCCGCCGCCGCCUGCCUCCAAGUCGCCACAGCCGGCGCCGUCCACGUUAGUGCCGUCGGCCCCGCGGCCUCGUGGGCGUACCUUAGAAAUGGCUCAAAUGGUUUGUGGUUCCUGCCAAAGAUUGCUUUCAUAUCAGCCGGGAGCCAAAUAUGUCCAAUGCUUAUGCUGCAAGACAACUAACUUCGUGUUGGAAGAGCAUCAGGUUGGACAAGUCAAAUGUAGUACUUGUGCGAUGUUGCUUAUGUACCCGUAUGGCGCUCCAGCAGUCAAGUGUUCGGCCUGCCGUUCUGUGACAGAAAUUGUGGAGCACAACAAAAGGUCUCCAUGGUCAGUGCAACAGGGGAGACUUCCCCCUCCCAGUACAGUUCCUUGAUGAGCUCA